AUGCUAGGAUUGAAGUCUGAGAAAAUUGAUUGUUGUGCUAAAGGGUGCAUGUUGUACUACAAAGACAAUAGUGCAGAUAUAGAGUGUAGGUUUUGCCAUGAACCUCGAUAUGUUCCUCGUAAGCCUAGGAUAGGUAACCAUAAAGACAUUCCAAUUAAGAGGAUGUUCUAUAUGUCGAUCACUCCAAGGUUAAAAAGAUUGUAUGCAUCAACAGAAACUGCUGCCCAAAUGAGAUGGCAUCAACAUAAUAUAUCGAGUUCAGGCAGUUUACGUCAUCCAUCAGAUGGGGAAGCUUGGAACCAUUUUGAUGCAAAGUAUCCAAACUUCGUAAAUGAACCAAGAAAUGUAAGGUUUGGUUUAUGUUCUGAUGGCUUCACGCCAUACAUUCAGGCCUCUUCAACCCCAUAUUCUUGUUGGCCUAUUGUUGUGACCCUGUAUAAUCUCCCGCCCGAAAUGUGCAUGACUAAACCAUUCAUGUUUUUGACUUGUCUCAUACCUGGACCAUCUAACCCAAAAGCAAACAUUGAUGUAUAUUUACAACCGUUAAUAGAUGAGCUUAAACAGUUGUGGAGUGAAGGGGCUUUGACUUAUGAAAUUUCCAUGAAACAAAAUUUUGUAACGAGGGCAACCUUAAUGUGGACAAUUAAUGAUUUUCCUACUUAUGGCGUGUUAUCUGGAUGGAGUACCCAAGAAGAAGUAAAAAAGGGGUUCACUAAAAAUAGGGUUGUGAAAGAUGAACCUCCUCCAAUAUUGACCGGUGAAGAAGUUUGGGGUUGGGUUCACAAUAUUCCACGAGUGAUAGAUAAUGCACAUUCUAAAUUGUCGGGAUAUGGAGUUAGCCAUAAUUGGACUAAACGAAGCAUAUUUUGGGAUCUUCCAUACUGGAAAGAUAAUUUAUUAAGGCAUAAUUUAGAUGUCAUGCACAUAGAAAAAAACUUCUUUGAUAAUGUGUUUAACGCUGUCAUGAAUGUUAAGAACAAGACUAAGGACAAUGAAAAAGCACGAAUGGACUUGGCCAUCAUUUGCCAACGUAGCGACUUGGAGUUGGUUCCACAUAACAAUGGAAAAAUGAAAAAACCUAAGGCAAAUUAUUGUCUUACGUCUAGUGAGGCAAAUAAAUUUUGUAAAUGGAUAAAGGAGCUUAAGAUGUCAGAUGGGUAUGCUUCUAACUUGGCAAGAUGUGCAGAUGUUAAUAGAGGACAAAUGAAUGGGAUGAAAAGCCACGAUUGUCACGUAUUUAUGGAGUGUUUGCUUCCAUUUUUAUUUAGUUCACUGCCUGACCAUGUGUGGAAACCAUUAACAGAAUUAAGUCAAUUCUUUAAAGGCUUGUGCAGCAAUACCUUAAGACAUGAUGAAUUGGUCAAAUUGGGUGAAAAUAUUCCAUUCAUCAUGUGCAAACUUGAAAGAACCUUUCCACCAGGAUUCUUUGAUUCAAUGGAACAUCUUCCAAUUCACCUACCGUAUGAGGCAAAACUUGGUGGUCCAGUUCAAUAUCGAUGGAUGUAUCCAUUUGAAAGAAUGAUGGGUGAUUUUAAGCGCACAGUGAAAAACAAGGCUAGAGUGGAAGGCUCAAUAUGUGCAAAAUUAAAUGAUGCUGUCACGACAACACUAUCAAUUAGCAAUCAAUUAGGACGUCCUAGUGGGAAGGCUCAAACUCAUUGGUUAAGUGAUGCUGAAAGAAGCGCCUUUUUGCACUCUAAUUCCAUUCUUGAAGAAGAUCCUAUAUCUCAAACUCGUAUACAUGGAGAAUUCCCAGAAUGGUUUCGUGCGUAUGCCAUUGACAAGGAAAAUGGCGUGACUGACCCUAACUUGUUAUCAUUAGCUUGGGGUCCUAACUCAAUGGGUAAGAAAACCAUAAAUAGUGGAGUUUAUGUGAAAGGGGUUACUGGAGGAGGGGAAGAUGAUUUCUAUGGAGUCAUCCAACAUAUCUUCGAGUUGGAGUAUUACAAAUUGCCUCACAAGGUAGCCUUGUUUUAUUGCCAAUGGUUUGAUCCUAGACGAAAUAGAGGAACCAAAGUUCAUCCGCAGUAUGAUAUUGUAGAUAUCAAGAUGAAUCGGAAAUAUGAUCUCUAUGAUCCCUUCAUAAUUGCACAAAAAUCUAGACAAGUGUAUUAUGUACCUGAUCCUGAAAUGUGA